CCCCCUGCGAGGCAUAUUGAUGACGCAGACCUAUCCUGCGAGGAUUGUUGUUGACGCAGACCUAUCCUGCGAAGCACUUUUUUACACUCGCGGGGCUCGUGGCAGCGAGGGAGCGCAAGUCUUACACCACUGGGCUCGUGGCAGCGACAGCCGUGGUCACGGAGACUCUCAAGCCCGCAGGCAAGGGAGGGACACCAUAACAUAA